GUUGGUGGUGCUUGCGCUAGUAGGAUGGCCGGCAGGUGAUAGGAGGAGUGCGGGCCAGGGGCGCAGCCGAUGGAUGCCAAGGGUGCAAAGCCACCGAGGCUCCUCCACUGGCACCAGGUGCCGUCUCACCUACAGUUCAACCCCUACAUCCUCACCGGCUACAGACCCCAGUUGUCGCCCUGGGGCAGUCUGCGAAGUCUCUUCUAUCUUCACAACGAGACAGUCAACGUGAUUACACAUGGUGUGCCAAUCGUGUGCAUCCUGGUGGUGGUGCCGUGCAUCCUGCCGUGGGAGGAGCUGUCGCCGACGUCCCGGUUCCUGGCGUGGUGCCACGUGGCCGGCUCGGUGGCGCCCUGGGUGGGCAGCUUCAUCUACCACCUCUUCAUGAACCUCCACUUCGGCCCCAACUUCUACAACCUCCUGCUGCAGGUCGACAUGCUCGGCAUCUGGAUCAGCCAGAGCUUUGGUGCAUUGCCCAUGGUGUUUGCCUCAGUGUUCUGUAUGCCCUAUCCCUUGCAAUGGUUUGUCAUCUUCAUCUACGGCUGUUUCUCCAUAGUUGGUCUUUUCAAGGUGAUGUCAGCAUCCUCGCCUUGGAGACGGAGAAUGAGUUUUACGUUAGUUGUAAUUUUACGAGUCCUUCUAUGCCUACUAAGAUGCUCAAAGUAUGGAGGCGGUGAUCCCAAUUCUAUGAGACAUCUUUUCUAUCAGGACGCGUUCUCGAUUGUGGGCGUGUGCAUAGGUGCUCUGAAGAUCCCCGAGAAGUGGUGGCCCGGCUCGCUGGACCUGUGCUUCAACUCACACAACAUAAUGCACAUCAUCGUGGUGAUGGCCGUCUACCCGAUGCACCAGUCCACCGUCAAAGACCUGCUCUGGAUGAACCGCCCACACUGCUGCUCCAAGAGCGGUCACGCCGACUAAUUAGCACUAAUUAAUUGCAUCCGAUCGAGAAUUGUGAUAAUAUUUUUACCAAUAUUCAAUAAGGAAGAACGAAGUGCAGUGCGUGCAAAAACUUAACGGCCAAACUUUGAUACCUACUGAUUAAGUUCAAUUAUUAAUCUUGAAAAUAAAUGAUUACAUAAGGCCCUUCUUCUAGGACACUUAGGGCCGGUUUCCGAUCUCGGGAUUUGGCUAAGUUCUAGACUUUAAACAGCUGGAGUAUGAAAAUUGGCUUUCCGAAACGGGGCUUAGUCGUAGUCAUUGUCAAAGUCACGUUUUAAGUAAAUUUCAAAAAACUAGAAAAUUAAACACAAAAUAAAAUAAAGAGAAAAUAGUGUAAAGUUUCAGCUAUUUUGAAUUAUUUAGAAAUGUUUAAUUUCGUCAAGGAAAAACGUUUCCAAUUAUAGAAAUGAGAAAAUAAAAACUGCGACUACUGUUAUAAAAACUGCGACUACGCCCCGUUUUGGAAAGCUAAUCUUCUGACUCCAGCUGUUUAAAGUCUAGAACUUAGCUAAAUCCCGAGCUCGGAAACCGGCCCUUACUGAAUCUUAUGGACUAUUACGUAGGAUUAAUGUCCAUUGCAUUAAAUUCGUGUCCUUUGGAUGAGUGUUCACGUUGAUAGUUGGAUGUUUCUAGGAAAGUUUUUAAACCUAAUGCCGCAUCCACAUGUUUGCCCAAUGACGGCCAUCGCCAGUGUGUGGAUGGGUAAUUUGCCAAGGCUGGCCUUCAUUGGGCACUGGUCACAUUGCAGGCUAGGCCAGCUUACUGCGCCAUCGACUGAGCCAACAUGUGGAAUAGGCACUAGGCUUUAAGCUGCGUACAGAUUUCAGCCCCACGAACACGUGCAUUUUGCUCUUCAUUAGCUGAUUCUAUGUUUAUUAUAUCUGUAUUUGUACAAAUAUAAUAAGCAUAGCAUCAGCUGAUUGAGAGUGAAAUGCGCGUGCUCGUGGCGCUCAAGUCUGUACGCACCUUAAUGGACCAUUGAAUCUACAGGUUUUGGAUGUGUAGAUUCUGGUCAUGUACAUUUUUAAUAAAUAAUCUAAUCAAAUCUAAUUGGAUUUUAUAAAACUCCUAGGAACCGAUUCUUGGAAUUCAAGGUUAUAAGCAUAGCAGAAAACUGUUCAGCAGUCAAACUUGAUCAAAACAUAAAGUGAAAUGGAUAAGAUUUCAGUCUGAUGUAAAUGUCUAGUGUAAGUUUGACUUGAAUAUGUUGGCCAAUGCAUAAAACCAUAGCAUAUUUACUUGAGCUACUGAAAAUAAUGAAGCACAAUAAGAAAUAUCAAGUAGGUACACUUUAUCACAAUACAACUAGUUUCAACUCUUCAAGAGCGAGUGUAAAUUUGAAGUGUAAAGUGAUUUGGAGAGUUUAGCGGAGGCAUCACAGUAUCGUGAAAUUACUACUCCCCUCUUAAAUUGUGACUUAAUUAGACACUUAUUUUGAACAUUAGCUAGCUCAAUGUUACUGAACCAUUCCCUUCAUUAAGUAAAAAAUCCAAUCAAUUUUAAUUUUACUGCAAGUUUGUAGGGAAAUUAGCUGGAAUAUUAUCAAUAUCUAUAUCAUUUCGACGUCUUCAUAUAUUUUGGGCGAAUUUCCAAAUUUAUUUCUUAUGAAAUUAGUAGGCUAUUGUUAUAAAAAUUCAAAGGUCAAAUUCAUGGACAUGAUCCAUGAGUUCAUUUCUCAAUUUGGCAGUUUUCUUUUUGCACGCACUGUACAUUCUGGUGCCAGAAGUUGGUCUUCACUAGUCCAAUAAAAUUGCCUUACAAUGAGUUGUGAUAGGUAGAUCUCAAAUACGAAAUAAAAUACGUGUUAAGAAAUUAAAUUAAUUAAUUCGAAUGGUAAGAAUAAUUGUUAGAAAAUAGUGUUCAUAUCAUCAGCAGUCGAGGUGGAAACUGGAAAGUGCCGUUUUCUAUGCAUGAGCAGAUAAUUUGUAUGCCUAGAUGCAACAUGCACUCAAACCAUAGUAAAUAUAACAUUUAUACUCCAAAUAACAACAUGAUUAAAAAUAAUAUUAACAAGGCAAAUUGAAGAAACAAGUAAAAAAUAACAUUGAUAUAUGAAAAAAGUAACGAUAAAACAAUAUUUAGGUAGGUUUUUCGUUUACCAAGUCGAUGUCAACGUGGACAUGAGCAUAAAUUAUUUGUUUGACAAAAACUCACAGUCUAAAAUCAAAAUUGGUCAAUAAAAUCAGAGACCAUGAAAAAAUUAUUAAAAUGUUUGCAUUUUACAUAAUAUAUCUGAGAUUAUGUGUUUUGUCAGUCUAGAGAUUAAUAGGGUUAUAUUAUUGUAAAAUUUACCCCAUACAUAAGUGAAUUUGUGAAAUUUUCCCAUUUUGAGGUGGAAUUAAUAAGAUAUUGUCAGUUCCUCACUCAUUCCCAUUUUGAGGUGGAAUUAAUAAGAUAUUGUCAGUUCCUCACUCAUUCCCAUUUUGAGGUGGAAUUAAUAAGAUAUUGUCAGUUCCUCACUCAUUCCCAUUUUGAGGUGGAAUUAAUAAGAUAUUGUCAGUUCCUCACUCAUUCCCAUUUUGAGGUGGAAUUAAUAAGAUAUUGUCAGUUCCUCACUCAUUCCCAGUACGUAAUCUCAUUCUCUCAUAAACGGCUGUGAUAUCUUCAAACAUAUGACUUUUGGAUAUGACUCCAACCUUAUAAUGCAGUUUCUUGAACAAAGUUUUUUACUGUCUAGUGAAUGAUAAGCACAUCAAGCAUAUUUUUAUGUUCAAGUUUACUGGCUCGACCUGGUUGAACACUCUUAUUACAUUUUCAUUAUUCGAAGUUACUCUAGUAUCGUUUACUUUCAAUCCCUAUAAUUAAUUCCUAUAACAUGAAUUUUUACAACUUCAAUAGAUGAAAAACUUUUGAGAAUAUUCUUAUAAUUUUCUAAUAAAUUAUGUAAAAAUAUUGUAAUUUCUUUCUCAAAGAAAUUCAUGCCUGAUACUUAUAGCCGCAGUUACAUGUUAAAGAAUGCACUUCUUCAAAUCUCUUGGAAAUAUUUUGAAUAAUUCAAUAAACUACUGAAUUCCUCUCUUCUAUAAUCUUUUGAACCAGCAAUGAUGAUUUUUGUCAGAAGAAUCUUAACAGUUACCUGUUGAGUAUUAUUUUAAUAGCUUAGCUUAUAUAAACGAAUGGAAUUUGACGUGAAUGUACGAGUAUGUUUGUGAUUGAAAUGCUUCAAAAAUUAGCAUGUCGAAAGUUUUUAUGAGAGAUUGAUAUUGUGAGAAACAUUAGUACUGGUAAUAGAUGAAUUGAACGGGCAAUAGCGAUUUGUAAAUUUGAUAUAUUUUUUAUUCGUGUAAGAAUCGAGAAUAAUGUAAGCAGCAGCAACAGUAAUUUAAUAAUUGAAAUUGAAUCCUAUCGCAGAAGUUAGAGACCUUGAAGAAGUAAAAAUUAUUACAUUUCUAUUUGCAAUAUUAUAUGAUGUUGAGUUGGUGAAUUUUAUUUUUGUGCCAUUUUUACUAUCCAUACUAUUUUGAAGCCGCUAAUUCGAUAAAUUACAACCCUAUGUUAAAGUAGGAUUAUGAAGCUGCGUUUACACCAAAGUUAUUAGCAAAAUGUUUAUUUUUCCGUCCUUAUAGAUUCUAUUAGAUUGAACAUAACUUAUCAUACACAUGAUGUGCAUAUUUGUUUGUCAAGCUCCGUUUAAUCUAAUAGAAUCUAUAAGGACGAAAAAAAAAUGUUGAUAACUUUGGUGUAAACUCAGCUUAAGAGUUACCGAAUAUUCAAAAUGAUAGCGGAAUAUGUACACAGUAAACAAACAAAACACUGUUAUUGUUAUAUGUUAUAUUAUAAAAUAUUGCAAAGGUAUGGUUGAACUAAGAAAAUACGAGAAAUGUUGUUCAAGUACAGUACCUUAUUGAUAACUUUAUAAUUUUCUAUGAAACUCAAUCUAUAACUGAAAAUACAAGAAGUACUUUUCUUAAUAUAAAUAAAAAUAGAAAUCUAAGUACCUUUUUUAUAAUUGUUUACUCACAAAACAAUUUUGAAAAGGUUACUUGGAUUUCUAUUUAUUUAUUCUUAUUUAACUGUAGCCCUACCGAAAAAAGACACUUUUCUUAAUGUUUGGCAAAUAAAAAAAAUAAUUUUCUGUUGAACUUGAAUAUCUAUUUUCGAAAAAAGAAGUUCUCAUGAAUUGUUUUAACACUGUGCUAUUGUCAAUGCUUAUCACAAUGUAGGCCUUAAAAUAAUGAUAAAUAAAAUGAUUUCUAUCACAUAAUUUUGAAGAAGCUAAAUGAUUGUAAACAUUGAUUCUGCUCUUUUCAAGUUCUUCCCUUGCUCUCUCUCUGAUUUUAUUCUAGGGUUAGUUUUUAAGUCACUCAUAUUGAGUGAAUUCUGCUGUUAUAGAAAGUACCAUUUCAAAUUUAUUGUUAAUAAUAUUAUUAACACUUCUUUGUAAGUGCAAAUAAGCUUUACUUAGUCGUAGAUACACAUUGUAAAUAAUAAUAAAUUAAUUAUUUAGUGAGAUAAUUAGCCUACUCCUCGUAUCAUUGCUAGUACUUAUUUAAAGAAAAUAUGAAAGCAAAUAUGAUAUAUUUGUACAUAUAUUACAAUAAUUCGGAAUGGUGAAUUUUUUAUAGUAACAAUUAACUGAAAGCUGGAUAAAAACGUGUUGAGGAUUUACAUACUUUCUAUUUAUUUAUCAAGAUUUGAGAUGAUAUACUCGUUGUCCUGAUGGUAAAUUGAACAAUUAAACUUGAAAACCAUGAUGUGCAAUUAAUAAAUUCAAGUGUUGUUAAAUUCUUAUUGAAAACGGAAGAUUGAACAGCAGUGUACCGGUUGGUUAAUUCGAACCAAGGAUAUGAAUGUAUUUAAAUUGUUUGAAUUUGUUAUUGAAAUUCAAGACCUACUCAAUCAUCGUGAUAAGUAUUUUAAAACAAUUUGUGUAUUUCAAAUUGAUUGUCAAAUGAAACCAAACCAUCAACUAGCCAAUUCAUUGGCAUCAUAUACUUUCAAGCCUUCAAACUCCAAUGCAAAUACAUAAAUCAAUUUUUUAAAAGAAUAUUCGAAUAUUAAAUUUUACUUACUGCUACCGGUAUGAAAAUUAACAAUAAGAAUAAUAAAUGCAUGUUAUAUUUCAAUAUGGAAACUAAAUUAUUAUUUUGAUAAAAUAUCAGAUUUAUCGAAAAAC